UUAGCAGAAAGUUUACAGGCAGCGAUUCAAGCCCGGUGUGUGAACAUGGAACAUGAGAUCAUCUCAGCGGCGCGUCUGCAGAUCAGUGCUAGAACAUUUUUUAAGAAAAAUUGGCCUUCAGAGUUGAUUUUGUAGCCAAAGACCUGCCUCACAGCCGUAAACUUAAUUAAAAACUUACUUUAAAAGCUGCCAAGGAUCAAGUCUUUGUUGGUUAAUGUUCAACUACUUGAAGCUCUCCGUGUUCUUGAAGAGGAAUCUGGAUAUGGGACUUUGGAUUUAGAAUUUCAAAGCAGCCAGACAUGGGCAGCGGGACGAGCCGAGGGAAGAAAGUUGCACCUGCGUGUGUCAGCGAAGUAAACGUGACUAAAACAACCGUCAGCACUUCACCCAAACAGGACAGCCGUCCGUUCAAGCCGCUUAAAAUCCAUACAAUUUUGCGCAACGCGCGUAACCGUGCGCAACCGGACUGCCACAGCGAGGGGCACGACUCUGACUUCUCCAGAGAGGACGAUGACAUUGAUGGAGAGCUGGACACGGUUCUUGCAGAUUACGAAGAUCGAGGGAGAGCUUCAGUUAAGAAAAAUCCUCCCAAGAAGACUGUCAUCAGAUCCAAAACAUACGGACUGUGUCAUUUCAGUCGGGAGGACGAGGAGGACUUCAGCUCAGAGGAGCCACGUGGCUCAAACGGUGGAGCAAGAGUUGUAAACAAUGAUGCUUUUACACACUUAAAAAAACACACACCUGUGUGCCCCAGUCAGCACAGUGCCUCCUCCUCUCAGGGCUUUUUGACAAGAGGGGCUUUGUUGGAUGCUGUUCCCACAUCAGAAAAACAAUCGACUUGUGGCAGUUGCCAUAGCUCCCCUCUCACCAUGCCAGUCAUCCUGUACGAUGGAUCAGAAGAGGAGCUGAUGGACACUAUUGAGAGAGACUUUAGUUGACCCCCAGCUGAGAGAGCUGCUGUCCUUUCAGCUGUCUUCAUGUGAUCCAGCAGUUGGCAGAGGAAAUUUUGAAACUUUAAAAAGGGAACCAGGGUUGUUGUUUUUUUUUUGACAAUUUCCUGCUUCUAAGGAAGGCUACACUCACUGUAUUUAAUCAGGUUUAUGUGUGUUGAACUGAAACUCCUGCACUCCUCCAGGCCUUUUGCAUUUACCCAAGUCUUACUUAACAACAUGCAGCAGUGUAAUUGCAGAGUUAUAACACCAACUUGAACAGGUGCCAGGAGGUGCUACUCACAGACCAGAUCUGUGCACUGACACAAGCCUCCUUACUUAUCUGCAGUGGUAAGGUGUCACUGUCACCCCCUCAGUGCUGCCAGUCUCCCACUGAGCACACACCUACUUGUUACUUACUUUACUUUUACUUGUCUGUUAAUGGGUAAAGGAGAUAACUCAGAUAUUUCUCUGGUUGCUGAAACUCAUCAGUUCUGCUAAAAUCUAGCACUAUAUGCACGUUCUUGAGGCCCUGUGACCGUGCUCCAUGCAAACAUUUUCCACCAGAAGUUUUGUGCGUGCAGCGCAGUUUAUUGGGUGAAGUUUUUCCAUGAGUGGCAACUCAGCAAAGGUAUGUUUAUUUAAGGUUUCCUUCCUGACCACAGUUCCUGCACUUCUGCACCCUUAUGAAAGAAGGAAUGUGUGGCAACAGAGACCUUCAGUCAGGCUCAAUUUGACUGAACAUUCAGCAACAUUCAAACAUGAAGACCUGCUGCCACUUAGUGGUGGAACACAGUAGUUGUGUGCAUGAACACUAAUUUGAACAUUUAUGUGUGACAAAGGGUGAAUUUCAACCAGAAAUGUAGAGGUGGGGUUUUGUAAUUUUGUUUUAUAUCGCAAAUAAAAAUCGCUGAUAUUCUGAUCAUGUGUAAAGUUUCUGGGAGAAAAUCUGUGUGUAUGUGUGUGUGUGUGUGUGUGUGUGUUAACUUUGCCUUUACAGCAUAGCUCAGUUGACCCAUACUUGUGUAGUAUAACAGCCCACAUUGUGCAA